GUCAAACAAAAGAGGUUAGUUGGUUGACUGCUGGAUGCGCAGCUGCAAAAUAAUUGGAUGGAUGAAGCCGCAAAAGACACCCGCGAGCUCGAAUAGCGUAAUAUCUCGACGCAUGGUACUCACAGGCGCAGCAGUCGAGAGCAACGCGGGCAUCAGAGACACAUGCGGAAUUAAUUGACGCGAAUCGCACCAUGCUGCUUAACACACACAACAUCUGAAUUAUGUUUGCGGCUGGCGCGUGGUGACGCGUGGGCUGGAAGUUCGGAAGAGGAAAAGCAGCAAGAAGUGCCUCGGGGAUAAAUCAGCAUGCGUCUGUUGCUGCGGCGCGGCCAUCGGCGGCGCAACACAUCGUCGUCAUCUGGCGGCAGCCCCACGUCCACGAACGCCGCUCACCCACCCGGCGACUCUUCCUGGGAAAACACCCACAGCUGCCCCGGUAGCCUAAAGUGCCACCGCCGCGAACUGUCUCAGCAGAGGCGCGGUAGGUCAUACGCCUGCGGUCUCAAGAGACACAGCAGCGACCCUGGCUCGCUCAAGUCACGCAGCCCCAGCCCGGCGGCCGUCGAAGCGUCCCGACGCUUCCACGCCGGCUCGCCAACGAACAGUGUUGUCAUCGAAGUACACCACGAUGAGUCAAGGUGGUCACUGUACAAGCCGUCCGAGCACUGGGACGAAAUGUUCGACCCAAGCCACGCUGCCCACUCCAAUCAGGACACGAUGGAGCCAACAUUCAACAUGAAGCAGCUUCUUGAGGCAGGCCGCCCUCGUAGCCGCCUCAGGUGUCUAGCCUUGGUGUUUGCUAUUUUCUAUCUUGCAUACGCAUUUUACGUGACGAUCAGCAGAGUCAACAGAUCGUGCAAGCCAAUUAGCGGGAUUAGGAGCACCCUCUCGCCAACCACAAUUACCACCACCACUACAACGUCAUCCCCGACAACACAGUAUAGCACACAAACUGCUUACUGGGCUUCUGCUUCGGAUAGCUCCACUGCCGCUUAGUACACAUAGACAAAAAUACGUGCUGGUUAUUUUCAGACCGUAUAAGCAGUUUUGACUCGAAUUAUGAAGACAUAUUACCCCUUUUCAUAUUAGUCUGGCGAUGAAACAUGACACAACGAAUAUGUAUAAUACCGUUUGUUAGUUGAUCUCAAAUCUCACUGCGAAAGAGAAGACCACCAAUGCUACCAACGAUUUGAUUUGACGUUUUCAAGAUGAAAAUUGUGUAUAUUUUAGAAUAAUUAAUUGAGGGACCUUUUUAUGCUGUGAUAUUCCAAUAAAAGGCGAGUUGUUCAAGA